UGUUCUAUGGAGCUGUUUUGACAUUUUAGCAUUUUAGUGGUUAGGUCAUUUUGCUAGAACUGGAACAUCAAAAUAAAAUUUAAUUAUUUUUAUUCCUUUACACACUUAAAUACUUAUUAAUAUUAAAAUGGAUUUGUCAAAAAUGCCAAAUGAAAGAAAAUUGUACCUUAGCAAAUGGUACUUUAUAAGUGGAUUGGCUUUUUUGCCCUUUAUUUGGGCAGUUAACGCUGUAUGGUUUUUUAACGAAGCUUUUAGGAAACCAGAAUAUGCAGAACAAAAGCAGAUUAGAAAAUAUGUUAUUUGCUCUGCAGUGGGAGCUUUAUUAUGGCUUAUUGGAUUAGUUACAUGGGUAACGAUUUUCCAGAUCAACAGGGCAAGUUGGGGUGAAUUCGCAGAUUCAAUAUCGUUUAUAAUACCACUUGGAACACCAUAAUUUUAUUUUUGCUUCAGAAAAACAUUUUUUAUAUUGAAAUUAGUAAAAUAAAACAAAGUAAGUGACAAAACGACAUAUAUUUUACAUAUUAAUAUUAUUUACCAAUAAAGUAUUAUAAUAAAUUUAUAUUAUACUUAAAAAAAUAUAAUCUAAAUAAUGGCAAGAUAAAUUGUCAAAAAAGAAGGAAUGUAUGUAAUAAUUAUAAAUUAAUAACUUUAAUACUA